UGGCAUGAACGGCAUGCCAGGUAACGGUGGCAACAGGAACGACAUGCCUUUGUUCAAUGACGAAGAUAUGAUGAUGUUGGAUUUCGACGACUUAAAUCCCGAGGACAUGGAGAAGAUGAUGGAGGCUGACUUGGGCACAGAGGAACUCCAAGCGAUGGGUUUCCAAAUGCCUGAAGUUAAGGCUUUCUUCGAUGACUAACACGACUACCUAGAUAGUCGCUCGUCCAACAAUUGAAUACUUUUCGAUUUUCAACAGAAGAGAACCGAUUAGUUACAAGUAUGAAAAUUAUUCCUUGGAACUAGAAGAGAACCUAUAUAUCCAGGAAACAAUUUGAAUUUUCCUCGGUUAUAUGCUAUGUAUUGAUGUUUCCUUGACCUUGUUGUUCACCACCUUCUAAUAUACGCGGCGUCCCCGACGGAGCCGAAUUCGAGUUAUCCCCAGAGGGUAUGAUGCUCAUGAUGAUGCCGGACGGCACGGAAAUAGAACUGGAGCCGCCAGCGGGCCCCUCAGAGAUGGCACUGCCCGUGGCCUCCUUUCCCACUGACACGGUCGCUCAAAUUUAAGGGUUUUGAAAUUUCACCUACCAUCUUGUUCUAAUCUUCGCAGAGCAUAUCUUCUACGAUCUUUAUUAAUACUUAUUUCAAAUGCCGGAAAAACAAAAAGGUCAAAGGAUCAUAGUAGAUAAUAUUCGUAUUCUACAAACAGUGACUGACAUGAUCAUCAAAUUGAGGACAAGAAUAUCAAUAAACGGUGGUGGGAACAACCCCUUCUUUAAACAGUGGUGGGAACCUCUUCUUCUAAGAGUUGUUUCGCUAUCUGAACCCGACCGCCAUGUCGCAGUUCCCCAUGGGGCAGAAUGAGGAUCCUUAUACAAAAUUCACCGUCUUUACGGACGCCGAGUCUCGUCCCCGCAAUGACACCUCGACUGGAUUCAAACACAAGUGCGUUUAUGGGCAGGAGUUCUAUGUCAAGCUGGGGCCGGGCACGAAGACGAUCAGCGGAGGGAGUUCGGAGGCACACAACGGAACCGAGUUCGUCAAUUACGAAUCACUAUUUAAUGAAUCAUAAUUCAUCUAAUUCUAAAUAGGAUUAGGAGGCCAAGAACAGGAGUUGUACUUUUCUCACCUCAUCCGUGGUCUUGUUCUUCGCUUGUUCAUUUCUUUGCUUCUCUCUUCUGAAAUACAAAUAUGGAGGUUGUAGCUGCAUCGCAUAUGGAGGUUGUUCAUUUUCAUUUAGUGAAGAUUUGUUUGUGAAGAUUCUGUUGAUACUAUCAAUACGACACGCGGCGCCUAGAAUAGAUGGAUCCUACUUAGCAUGGCCAUUGCUACAAUAUCUGUACUUCUCUAUCCUUUACCUACUCUCCUUUUUCUUUUCCUAGUUAGCUUGGCUCCACCCAUAUAAUAUCACAUAGACAUUCUCAACAACAUGAUCAUUCUUUUUCUUGACGUGACGACCUCUUCUUGUUCUAAGUAACAUUGAACAAAGUGGACGGCGUCAGCUGGAGCUGCAUUGCGGGG